AUGUUGGAUACGUUCAAGGCCUACCUCUUACCUGCUGCACAACAUGCAGUCGAAGCUACGUAUGGCACUGAUGAGGAAGGCACGGUUCAAGUCGACGAUGAAGAUUGGGAGGAUGAUACGGAGGAGCGGGCAAAGGACCACACCUUCGAGGUGGCUGAAGACGAUGAGCCCACGAGCAGCGUGUGCUACAGAGUGGAGACGGUUGUGGACCGCAAGGACACCAAGCUCCUGAGCCGACCCGAGAAGUAUGCGACGCCCACGGGGCAGCGCUUGCGCAAGGGCGACCAGUUCAUGAGCAGGAGUUCUGAAGGCUCGCCCCUCACCAUCCAGUUCAUCGAACUCGCCGACGGUCGCGGCUGGUACCCUUGGAAUAGAGGCGAUCUCCGACAAAGGUUUGGCCUCACUGCAGUCCAGUAUUCCAAGGGCCAGCGAGUGGAGGCCAUUGAAGAGAUCCGUUACGGAUCAGGAGAUGUCGUUCAGUCCGGGCAAAAGGGCACCAUCGAACGCUUGCUGCCAUACAUUGGCGUGAAAUGGGAUGGCAUGGAUGGAGUCAAGGCCAUUCCAAGACCCCGUGAGGUGCUGCAAGAUGAGAGGAAAAUCCUGACCAACAAACAGAAAUGGGCCAGCUGUGCACCUGACACAUUGAUCCUCACUGCGAAUCGGGAACUUUGUGAACAGGUUGCAGAUGUCGCGCGACGGUUGGGCAGCUUAUUGCCAGAACGAGUACAAGAGAACUGGAAAGUGGCGGUAGCAGUGGGUGCACCACCUGGCGUGGGAAAACGCCGGAAGCGCAACCGAGAGGAGUGGCCCUUCCCCAAGGGUGCUGACGCUCCGAAUGUGUUGGUGUCCACUGCAGAGUUUAUGGGAUACUUCUUCCACAAGAAGCACAUCCCCUUGUGGGCCAACAUUCGCUAUAUUGUCUACGAUGAGGUGGACAGCCUCGUCUCAGGCACUGUCUCGAAACUGGUUGAGAGAAUCAAGGUCGUGAUCCUCCGAGCUCAACGCACUGAGGGUGCACGGGUUAAGAGCGCCUUGGUCACCUGCGUCAUGCCCAACCAGGGGGGGAAGUCCACCAGGAUGAUGAUUGGCAGAUGGAUGCCGCAUGCACUGCGAGCCGCAGAGAGGCCGGAUCUGUUGCAUCGGAGUCAUCCCAUGGUGCCCAUGAAAUGGCAAUAUGUGCCUGAGGGCUUCGACGAGAAGGUCCGACUCCUGUUGGACCAUCUGGAGAAUGACAUUGGGACCUACAAAGCCAGGAGAAGUCAGAGGAGAUACGUCAGGCAGAAGACACUGAUCUUCUGCAACAGUACGCAGACAGCGGCACGGCUGGCAGAGCUGCUAGCAACGACCUACAAUUUUCGCAAGAUUGGCAUCUUCGUCAAGCAGAUCGGUUACGACGAGAGACGGAAGCGACUUCGGAUGUUCAGAGAGGGGCGGAUCACCCUCAUGGUUUCAACUGAUCUUCUGGCUCGCGGUAUUGACAUUCCAGACCUUGCAAAUGUGGUUCAAUUUGACUUUUCCAGGAACAUUGUGAACCACUUGUUGCGCACUGGACGCGUGAGUCGGGCGGGCUCGCGUGGACGAGUCCUGAACUUCUACGAUGACACGGAGCAGGGAGGGAAGGACUUGGCGGAGGCCAUUCAGGAGUUGGGCACUGCGCCUUUGGACGGCCUCUUCAGUCGACGUCGCGGUUUCAGGCAUAUGUUGCAACGAACAGAGGCCUUCCGACAGAUGCUUCUGAUGCAGGGUCUUCCGUUGCCGGCUCAUUUGCAGGCCGCACCUUCCCUAGCAGGGCAGAUCUCUCAAAGAAGCGAAGCCCAGGCCCUCUUGGAAGAUUUGGAUGACGACGAGGACUCAGAUGACGACGAUGUCGAUGAGCCAGAAGCAUUGGAGGGGUCAGAGCCAGAGAUCUACAGUCAGUUCAUGGAUUCCAGCGACGCGGAGAAAGAUGAAGAUUUUCAGGACAUGAUUGAGUCGAUUCAAGAUGGAGAUCCUCCUGAUUCUUCAAAUGAAUGAUGUUGGAAGG